CACAGAUUACACUAGCGUGUUUUUUUCCACAAAAGCACAGCCAAAUCAAUCACUCACUAGCGUACUUUCGGAUACAAAUAAUCGCCAUCGCCCAUUUCUAUCUCUCUUCUUCUACAUCAUACAACCACCACUUCAAUAUCCACUUCAUCCAUUUCAUCAACCCACAACAACCAUAAAAGAUCUCCAUCAAAUUAUCCAUUAGAAGUAUCAACAAUGGCUCGUACCAAGCAAACUGCCCGUAAAUCCACUGGUGGUAAGGCACCAAGAAAGCAACUUGCUUCCAAGGCUGCCCGUAAGAGCGCCCCUUCUACCGGAGGUGUCAAGAAGCCCCACAGAUAUAAGCCAGGAACUGUCGCUCUCCGUGAGAUCCGUCGUUACCAAAAGUCGACUGAGCUCUUGAUCCGAAAGCUCCCUUUCCAACGUCUCGUUCGUGAAAUCGCUCAAGAUUUCAAGUCCGACCUCCGUUUCCAAUCUUCCGCCAUCGGUGCUCUCCAAGAGUCCGUUGAGGCUUAUCUCGUCUCCCUCUUCGAAGACACCAACUUGUGUGCCAUCCACGCCAAGCGUGUCACCAUCCAAUCUAAGGAUAUCCAACUCGCCCGUCGUCUCCGUGGUGAGCGUGGUUAAAUUUGGUUUCUUUUUUGACUUCUCGAUGUCUUCAGCUUGAAAGCGCUUCGGCUUUAGGUCGAUUGACACUGGCGAUGGAUCGGGGUGGAUGAUAAUGCUUUGGGGGUAUCUUACAAGGGUUUUACGGCAUGGAGUUCAUUUUCAUUUUAUGGGGGACCUGCGUUCUUACAGGCUGUACAUUAUUCAGCCAGCGACGGUGCGCUGAGCUAAUGACAACAGAUAACAAUCACGAUUAGUUAUCAAUCUUUUAAACAAACAUUCUCUUAUCUAUCAUUGUGAAUAUCGUGAUUUGUUCUAUUGUUUGAAGCAACACCCACCUAAUCCAGACACAGCUGCAAUUGUGACCAAAGUGACACCGCUCUACAAUAGAUUGCGCGUAUCCGGACCAAACUAGUGGCUCGUCUUUAAGCCCUCAAAUAUGUUCUUUCCCUUUUGUUGUGCAUGUCCCUUCUUGCAUGUACGCUACUUAACUACUAGGUAUAUGGUCGACGAUCAUCCAUCUGUGGAUGUAUGCCCUUGGAACUUACCCCUCGAAUAUCGUAGACUACAUAGUAUUUAUUAUUUACCCCCCUUCUACUAGUAACUCUUACUUCCUCCACAUCCGCAAUUCCGUCUGCUGGUAGAAUAUACCCAUCACAAACCACACAUGCUCCAAUUGUUACAUAUAGCUACAUAGCAGCAC